GAAGAAAACAGUGCAUGCAAGUUGUGUGCGCGCAAGAAAUAAAUAAGUACAGCAGUGAUAAGUCUGUAGCUUUAACUCCUCUAAGAUGGAUAUUCCAGUGGUUAAUUUUAAAGCCUACAAACUAGGUGAAGAUCAGAUUCUGGAUGAAAGACAGAGUGUUAUGAUUGAAGAGAUAAAACAAGCAUUUAAUGUCACUGGAUUUGUCUACCUGGAAAAUACUGGCAUUGAACAACAUGAGGUGAACAGGGUCAUGGAUGUCUCCAAAAAAUUCUUCCUUUUACCAGAAGAUACAAAGAAGCUGUGUGCUAGGAACAGUGAUCAUGAGAAUUUUAAUGAUGGCUGGGUGUCAGCAGAGAUUGAAAGAUUAAAUCCUUUGCGCCCUGGAGAUCUUAAAGAAGCCUUUAAUAUUUCAGACCUGGACAGUAAACUAAACUGGCCCUCUGAUGCUUCUAUUCCUGAGUUUCAGGAGGUCCUGGACUCGUUCUUCAGAAGAUGUAAAGCACUUGCGCUGAGGGUUCUGGAAGUGACUGCUUUGAGCCUGGGUCUGGAGAGAGAUUUCUUUAUUUCAAAACACAGACUGAUUGGGAGUAAUAAAAAUUGCACCACCCUCAGAACUCUGUAUUACCCACCGCUGCAUAAAUUAACCGUGAAGCCAAAUCAGGUCCGAUGUGGAGAGCAUAGUGAUUAUGGGAGUUUGACCUUGCUGUUUCAAGAUGAGGCUGGAGGUUUAGAGGUAAUGAACAGAUCAGGGCAGUACAUUUCUGUCCCUUGCAUUCCUGGCACUGUGCUUGUAAACAUAGCAGACUUGAUGCAGAGGUGGACCUCUGAUGUGCUGGUGUCAACGUUCCACAGAGUUCUACUGCCCCCUGAUGACAAAAUGAACACCUCAAGACAAUCUAUUGCUUUCUUUGUUCAUCCUGAUGAUGAUGAAAUCAUUUCUUGCUGUGAUGGAUCAAGCAAAUACCCCCCGAUCAAUGCACUUCAGUAUACCAAGGACCGUGCAUACAUCUCUUACAAAGAAGCAAACGUCAGUAAUCUGGCAGUCUAAACCUAGUAAUAAACAUAUCCACAUGCUACUUUUUAUAAACAGUUUUUUGCUUCUUGCUUUUAAAUAAUGUUUACUUCAUGGAUUAUUGUUGACUAACUUGUCUACUUGAGUACGUGUCUGAUAUCACCUCAAAACCAUACAGUUCAGUAUACACUAUCACUUCUCAAAAGUAACUUCUCUGCUUUAUAAACCGUAUGUCAUA